AUGGGAACCAUAGACCUCAGGGCUGCUGCAGAUGAAAACUCGGUUCCGGAUAUCAGCAGUCAAGUUCACCAGCUCCCUUGCUGCAUUAGAUUCGAUGGUCCUUCUCAAGUUUCCCACUAUUUCAAGCCUACAUCCAGUGAGGUCGAAAUUGAUGGAGUAAGAACAGAAGAAGCUCAUUUCAGAGGAAGGAAGUUGCAGGGAGCAACUAUCUCACUCCCUAGCGGCUAUUCUGGUUUUGUGCUUGGACAAGCAAGUAACCGAAAUGCUAAUGGAAAGAGAAAAGCUUCUAGUCCCGAAGAAGAGAAGCCGUGUUGGGAAGCGAAGGCCAAGUUCGAUAGAAUGACAUACUGGAAUCACGACACUCUUCCUUCGAAAGACGAUACUUUCUUGCGGUCUUUUCAUUGGUUUAGCAUCGCCGAAGCGCUGCAUAAACCAGUGAAAGCUGAAGACUUUGUUGCAGUAUCACACGGUGAAAAGGAUAAAAUGUGA